UCUUUAUGGACUGACAACCAACAUAGCUCGAUUUUGAGUCUUUAUAAUGAGUUUUUUUUGUCUUACAUCUGUUCUAAAGUCUGUACACUCGAAAAUAAAUAAAUGAGUUGCGUUACUAGUAUUUGUAUCCCAAAUCUCCCAUGAGCUGAACUGAACUCGUGGUCACGCAACUCGAUUGUUUUUUCCCUGCACAACCACGGAUUAUGGGUCAGCCAUCUUCGAAAGACUUUCAGACCAGAGGACACCUUUGAAUCUUCUUGAUAAUCUGUUGAACCCGAGGAACUCCUUUUCAUCGGUGAUUGCCAUGGUGUAUCAUAGGUCGGAGGGGGACACCACCCCACCAGCCAGAGACCGAGCUCCACCAUCUCAGUCAAAAUCUGACGCUCAGCCCCUUAAUGCUUUCCGGAAUGAUGGCAGUUUUCUUGAAAUGUUCAAGAGAAUGCAGGAAGCAAGUGGAAGUGGGACUCCUUCAACAUCUAGUUCAAGCAAAAGUAUUGAGUCAUCAGCCCCACUGUCCUCAGUUAAAACAGAAAGUGCACAGCCUGCAUCCCCAGAAAUUCAUCCAACCACUUCUGGGCAGUCAGGCAAUAUCAGCAGUGGUGAUGAAAGUUCCAAAGAAGCAGUCAAACGUGCUCCUAUGGUUGGAAAGAGACGAGGUGGAAGGGUUUUACCUACAGGUGUGGUAAAGAAGAAGCGCGCGGGCGAAGAAGAGCCUGAAGAAAAACCCAAAGACGCUUGGUCUCUCUACAUGGCUGAAGUUAAAAGAUAUAAAGAGACAUCUUGUGAGGAGGAUGGAAAAACAAGACCUCUUGUGAAAUAAAUUUGAAGUGUCUGAUUGUAUAUAUGUUAAAUAUAUUAAAUAUAAGUGAUUUAACUUA